GACAGCGUCGACGUCCAAACAAAGCUUUUGCAGAUCCUCCCGCGCUGGAAGCCCGCAACCCGCCUCCAAAAUUUCUCCAGGGAAACCGCCCCCAAAACCCUCUCCCCCGCUCCCUUCCUCCGACCAAACCGCCCCCAAAAUUUCUUCGAGAAUGGGGCGCCGCAGCCUAAUCAUCACCGACUCUGACGAGGAAGAUGCCGCGGCCACUCCUGCCUCCGCCUCCACCUCCGUUUCCACCGGCGGCGGCGGAAGCGUCGGCCGCCCCUCGUCUCAAAACCCCAGCCCCUUCCUAGCACCCUACACAUUACCGUCCUCGCCUCCCCCCUCCCCUCCCGUCGAGAUCUCCGAUGACGAGGAGGAGGUCGAUGAGAUCCAGGACCCCGACGAGGAUCCCGCGUUCGGCGACGCCCCCGACGAGAUGCGGGACUCUGACGGGGACUCCCUGUUCACCGACGUCGCCGAUGACCUCUCCCCACCACCUCCCGCUCCACCUCAAUAUCCUCCGCCCCAAACUUCAUGUCCACCUCCCGCUCCUGCUCCUGCUCCCGCCGUUCCUUCGUUCCGAACCCCAACACCAACCCCGCCUCCCGCAUCCACUCCUCCGUCCGGAACACGAACCCCAGUCCCACCGCCGGCCGCCGCACCUGCUCCGGCCCGAACCCGAACUCCAAUCCCAUCGCCGGCUGCCGCACCCACUACUGCCCGUACCCCAACCCCAACUCCACCGCCCGUUGCCGCACCCACUCCUAUGUCCCGAACCCUAACCCCAACUCCACCGCCGGCUGCCGCAUCAGCUCCUCCUGCCCGAACCCCAACGCCAACCCCACCACCUGCUGCCGCGCCUGCUCCUCGGCCUCGAACCCCAGCUCCAACCCCUCCCUCUGCCUGGACCCCAACUGCGACCCCGCUCACGUCCUCGACCCCAUCGUCCGCACUGAGUGCGCAGCUGCGUCCGGUGGAUGCGUUCCUGCGGCGACUCGGGCUUCGUGUACGGCCAGAGUGGCUUCAACAGUGUGCUGCCGGGUUGCCUGGGUUCAACGGCCAUGGCGGCACUGAAGUGCAGGCUAGACAGUGUUUUGAGCAGCUCCUCUUUGCCGACAUGAACGAAUGCGGCGCUGGUGUGCUUCCGGAGGGCGUCGGGUCUAUGGAGUCCGCCAUCCUCGAUGGACCAUUUGUGCUACAGGUUGAUGAAAUUGCCAAUAUGUCUGCCCCUUUAAGGGAAAGAUAUCGUGAUGCACAUGCCGGCCCCAAACGAUGUUUAAAGUUAUCAAUGACAGAUGGCAUCCAACGCAUAUAUGGAAUCGAAUACAGGCCUAUCAAAGACCUGGAAGUUCUUGCUCCUGCUGGUUUUAAGAUUGUUAUAAGGAAUGUGCACAUAAAGAGAGGGCUUCUUAUGUUAGUCCCUGAGGUUAUUGAGAUUCUUGGUGGGGUAGUUGAUGAAUUGGAAGCAGCACGUGUCAGACUUGUUUCUGAAGUAAAUAAACCACCUCGUGGAAAAAGGAAACAAGGUGGAUUACCUUUGUCCUCCAGAGCCACCCUAGCUGCCUGGCCACGUAAUGUAAGCGCUGCAAAUGGUGGUGAGCAAGGCAUCUCAAUUGCAAGAACAGUAAACCCCUCUCAUCCAACAGGAUUAGGUAAUGGCUCUCAAGUUGGUAGAACUACACAAACAAUGGAAGAAGAGCGUGUUAACCAUCCUGUUGUAGUAAAUGGUGUCCGAGCACAACGUCAACAUUUCCAAGAAAACACUAUGCAGGACCGAUCUACUUCUCUUACUGGGAACAACGCAGAGGCUUCUGCACCUGCUACCUAUAGACAUGAACCCCAACAAAGCACUAGUAGAAUUGCACGAACUUUGGUAGAUGAAUAUGUUGACCAUCCUAUUGUGGCGAACAAUGUUGACGAGCAAAUACAACGUGUCCAAGAAAUCACCAUGCAGGACCAAGCUACUGCUUUUACUAGGAGCAGAGGAGAGCCUUCUACAUCUACUCCUUGUGGUGGGUAUGAUUCCCAACAAAGGGCACAUGACAUUCAUGCAACUGGUGCCAAUGGUGCGGAGGCUGCACGGCCUUCAACUGUUGAUGAUAAUACUGGUCAGAUGGAACAUCCAGUCAUUCUAAGUGGUGAAAAUGAAAAACCUUUCAUAUACAUUUUCAACUUGAUGGCACAUUGGACCAUAGAAAAGGAUACAAGACCCUACAUUCAAGGAAAAAUUAAGGGUUUGAUUACCUCUGUCAAACGAUUUCAAUUUAGGAAUCGCAGAGAGUACGAGCUUCUUGUGUGCAUAGAUGAUGGAAGUCAAAUUUCAGAGGCCUUUGUUGACUGUGCUAUUGUACGUAACAUAAUUGGCCACUCAUGUGAGGAGGUUUCAACUGCCGUUUCUGAUCCAACCUCAGAAUCGUACAUCGCUAUGAAACAAAUUCUGAGUGGAUUUCAGCAUUAUUUGGAGAAAUUUGAGGGUACAAUGCAUAUUGAGUACAACGGACAAUCUUCUCGACCUAUCGUGCGUGAGAUGAACGAAGGUUGUUCGACUGCUGAUGCAUGGCUCCUGCUUCAGAGGCUGAAAACGUGUACGGCUCAACGGCACAUCCGAAAUUUGGACUUUAUGGAUACCACUCCGUGAUUAUGGUCAGCCUUUUUGCUCGGUUAAUGCAAAAGCUACAUCGUCCUGAUCUUGAUAUGCUAGGCUAGUAGGCUAAGUGCACUUGUGAAGUUUUCAGCUCUAGGCUUAAGCAGCACUCAGUUCCUCGUUUUACAUCUUUGCUUCUGCUAUAAAAUGUGUUCAUUAUCUCUGAUUCAUGCAGUAGCUCUUGCAUUAUUUUUCA